AUGACUAUCAGCAGUAAAACAAGCCAUAAUUAUGCUCCAUAUCCAGUACUGGGAAUCAGGUUUCGACCCACUGAUGAAGAGCUUAUUCGCUAUCUACUCAAAUUCGUUUCUUGCAAGUCUUUCUCAUGUGAUCAUAUUCGAGUUGAGGAUCUUUACGGGAAUAAGAAGCCAUGGGAGAUUUUCCAAAACAAUUUUCUAGGAGAGGAUACAAAGGUAAACUAUUUCUUUACUAAGUUGAAGAGAAGAAAACAAGGUGGUUUAAGGUUCAGUCGAGGGCUGAUUGGAGAAGGCUGUUGGAAAGGACUUGACAAAAGCAAACCAGUUUUUAAAGGGUCAAAGUUGGUUGGGUUGAAGAAAAGUUUUCGAUAUCAAGAAAAAGAUAGCUGCACGGAGAAAAGUGGCGAUCAAGGAAGUAAAAAUAUUGUUUGGAAUAUGAAAGAGUAUAGUCUUAAUGACAACAUACUAAAGGUGUUAAGAGAAAGAAAUAUAAUUCAGCAUGAGGACUAUGUUUUAUGCUGCAUUAAGCGUAAAUUUGUUCAUGCUAAUGAUCAUAAGGAAUUAGGAGAUCAUAUGGAAAUAGCUAGUGGAAACACUGUUGUUGCUGUUAUGGAUGCCAUGCUUUCGACAACUCAAGAACAUGAGCUUGACUAUGUUACAAGUUCUUCAGGGACAGAUUUUCAUGAUUCAAGUUCUUCAUAUCAAGGGACAGGUUUUCAUGAUUUGUGUCCUUCAAAUCGAUUCACAUCAUUCGAAUAUAAUAAUGUGUUUCAGUUGCAACAAGACCAAAAUAUUGAACAAUUAGUGAAUGUACAAGCGCAGAAUAUUGAAGAGAAGGCACCUUCAGCUCAAAGUCAUGUCGAAUAUGUUGGACGUUCUUCAGAGGAAGGGACAACUUCAAAUCAAUUCACAUACUCACCUGAUAAUAAUGACUUUCAGUUGCAACAUGACCAUAAUAAUAUUGAAUGUGAUCAUAGGGAUACUGUUCCAUCAACAUUGGCUGACGUAAUGAAAAAUAUUGAUCAUGUGGAUAGGAAAGUGUACGAGUACCUCGGUAGUUUUCUAGCAGAAAAAUCAGAUACUGCAGAACCCCAGUUGCCGGAUGAAUCAGGACACGAUCACAUUAUCAUGAGUCCAAUGGCUCAAGGAAGUAGUACUGCUAUGGUUAAUGAAGAAAACAUUAAUGCUGUCUGA